AUGCUCGCGUUAAACCUCACCGUUCCUCUCUCAGUUGACUUUACGCGUCCUGAAGAUUAUCUGAUAUUUAUUUUUCACAUCCUGUUCGCCACGAGUUCGGCUCUCCUGGCCGGCUCUGUGGUCGUCGGCAUCGUGAGCACCAAUGCGCUGCGCUCUCAGAACCGCUUCCUUUUCAUGUUAAACACCAGCAUCAGUGACACAUUAACCGGCUGCUCUGUCUUCUACCUAGGCCUGUUUGAUGUCCAGGAAGGCUAUCCGUCCCGGAACGGCACCUAUUACAUUCUGCCAUCAUUUCUAGGGGUGAACGUGUUGACUUUUGUGUUUGCGCAGUUUGACAGAUACCUGGCCGUGUGUUACCCCUUUUUCUACAAGCGUCACAUCACGCGUGGGGUCGUGAUCGGCGUCUGCGCGCUUUGCUGGGUUUAUACUUUUUCGAUUCUUGCCGUUCAAAGCCUCGUGCCGGUAGCGUCUGCCGCUCAAAUCAACGCGUUUGGGGUGAUAGUCCUGCAGGCUAUCGUGGCCGUCAAAGUUGUGAUGACCAUCAAACUGUACAUGAUCGCCAGACAUCAGCUAAGCCGAGAGGCGCCCAGCAGCGAGAAGGAAAGCAAGAAAGAGUCACUGCGCAUUAUUGUUUUUGUGGUCAUUUGUUUUCUCGUUUUGUGGUCUCCGUCCUUUUUAAACAUCUCAGUGAAAUAUGUGACCAAGACCGGAAUGAAGUUCAGAAACGAAGCCACGAAUCUGUUCGCAAUCAUGGCGCGCUUUAACGCGCUCAGCACGCCGGCGUUGUACAUUUGGGGAAGUCCGGCGUUACGCGCGGCGGUGUGGAACUCCGUGUGGAGCAAAGUAUUCAAAAGAAGGAAAACUAGGGUGGACUCCACGAAGGGAGGAGGACAAAUCCUCAGCAUCACACAGCAAUGAUCUUAAUAAUUUAAAAGGCAGAAAUUAUUUAUUCUGUGCAUACAUUAAUUGAUACAACAUAUGAAUCUUGUAAAAAAAAAAAAAGUUGAUUAAUAAGUGUUUUUAUUACCCUUUUUCAACCAUUUAGCAUUUCAAUCAAAAUUGAAACAACAGCUGUCAUUAUUUCAACCAUAUUUCAACGUUGAAGGUCAGUCAUGUACUGGUUGGUUUUCAACCAUUUAGCAUUAAACGUUAUAUCAACGUUGUUUCAACGUUGAAACGACAACUGUCAUUAUUUCAACCAUAUUUCAACGUUGAAGGUCGGUCAUGUGCCGGCUGGGUUAUUAUUAUUAUUUAUUAUCCAUUUACAUUUUUAUCAUGAACCUUCUGGUAUAAAUAUUAUCAACAGCAAUAAAAGAUUGCGCUGCUUUACCACACUGAAACAAUUCCUAUUGGUUAUUUAACCUUAUUUGCUUUGAUUAUGAUUGGUUAAUCUGUCUGUCAUUCAUGAAACUGGCCAAUGAAACUGUGCGCGCCAUUUUAUGUUUGAAAAUAUGACCGUUAUCCUGACCGUCUUUCUGAUCGAGGACGUCAAUUGAAGCGAGACUGGUCUGGCCAUGGGAAGAGCACGAUAGAAAGUGGUCUGCGAGGGCGCGGGUUCAAAAGAUGCAGUCGUCAAUGCACACAACCCAACCAGUACAAAAGUAAUGAAGACCAUGUCCAAAUAUUUAAAAUAUGCACCAGAGAGGAUGGGUGGUGGUGGCCGUAAGAAGACUCUUCCUUGAAGACACUUUUUUUCCUUCUUCUUUUUUAAUGACUGUUGCUAGUAAAAUGUUAAGUUCUACGAAAGACUUCUUGUUCUACAAACUUUCCUUACUUUUACUUGGAUUCUUUUUCACUUAAUUGUUGAGAUUUUAGAAUGUUACGAAAUGAGUACAUAUGUUGGUCACGAAAUGAGUACAUAUGUUUGUUAUUAUUUAUAUAUAGGCUAUUGUGUAUAUUUGCAGUGUGUAUGAAAUUAGAAUUAAAAGCUUUUUCCCUCUGUAUUCUGAUAUCAUUAAACCCUUAAGAAAGUG